CAGGUUUUGUACACCGAAUCUCUGUUUGCGUGCUGUCAACACACGCAAGCUGGACAACUAUUCAACAUUUGCCGCAUUUUGCUUUCCAAUCAAUCAAGUUUGCUUUUGUGUUGCUCCCGGUUGCUCACGACAAGAUAAACUCUGUUCCUCUCCAAAGCGCUCGAAUCCAGUGGAUUGCUUAUCUUAGCACUGCGCAAAACAUUCCUUUCGAUUCGGCUACUACAAUAGAUGAAGAGCACCUUAUUCAAAGAAGCAGAGAUCCAGAGAUGCAGAUCCAAAUGGAGGAUGUCAAUACCACCGAAACAUCUUCUCUCCCUAACAAGGGAUCUGCGGAGACUGGGCUGCUCGAUGUACAAGUGGGUCUGACGCUGUUCGGGAUCGUCUGCUUUAUCGUCUCCACUGUCGGCAACUGCACCGUCAUCCACCUAAUACGCACGCGCAUGCACAUGCGCAAUGUCACCAACAUCCUCAUCGCAAACAUGUCAGCCGCUGACCUGCUCAUGACUAUACUGGUCUUCCCAUAUCUUAUCAAGUUUUACUACAUCGGAUCCAAAUGGUUUGGCGGGAUCGCGGGCUCUGUUACUUGCACCGUCGUGCACUCGUCUCAGAUGGUGUCCAUAUUUGGGUCUGUGUACACACUUCUUGUAAUUAGCGUCGACCGCUGUCUCGCUGUAAUGCAGCCGAUGAAGAAGUACUUCACCAAGACUGUGACAAAAUGGUCUAUAGUCCUCGUCUGGUUGGUCUCGGUGAUAUUUAGUAUACCGCUGAUGAUUGCGUUAAAAGUGAUCAACGACGAUACAGGAUACCAUUGUGUGGAGGACUGGGGCAAAAUGGACCAAAGUCUCUACAUCAUCAUGUUUUUGCUUCUCACGUAUAUAGUCCCUUUGGGCCUGAUAGGCUCCGUUUAUACUGUAACGGGCCGCAAGCUGUGGGGCUGUGGCACGGCAAAAAGCCAAGAAAAUCCGCUCAACCGGAGCAACCACGAGUCUGUGCGCGCCUCUAGACGGAAAGCCACUAAAAUGCUCGUCACUGUCGUUGUGCUAUUCGCACUUUGUUGGUUUCCCUUGCAAGUGCGUGAGUUGAUCCACGUCACGUGGCCGGAUACAUUGAGGAGAAUCCCCAUCAAGCUAGACAUGCUACUGCCCUGGUUUGGCUUCUUCAACAGUUGUACCAACCCUAUUAUUUACGUAAUAUUUUCGGACAGAUUCCGGCGUGAGUUCAAGCGAGUGUUGUGCUUUUGGAAGCGACAUGAGGACAUUGAUGUUUUUAGUACGCCUGGGAGUCCUGUGACACGCACGCGGCUCGCCACUAUAAGAAAGCAACAAUAUAGUAAUCUUACGCCUUUAGGCACGCCCGAUCUCUCGGAAAGAAGCCCUAGAGUGCCAAAGCCAAGCUUAUUAUCACAAAAGAGCUCAUUGUGAUAAAGAAAACGGGGGAAAGAAAACCGAGUAUUUAAUAAGGAUCAAAGUGCGGAGCGCAGCAUCUUGGCCCUGGCGGGUUUAGACUUUGUUAGGGGGGGGGGGGGGGGGGGCUAGAAAUUGAAUAGAAAAAUUGGUUUAAAUAAGUCGAAAAGGGGUGGGCUGUUGGUAGCUAAUCAAUUCACCCCCUGGACCCGCUCUUGGAUUGCAAAGGCUAAGUCCUCGAGCUUGCCAAUAAUGGUGCAAAAAACGUGCUGAUUGACCUGAACUUUCCAUACCAACAGGCGUGGUAAGGAAACGCUUCAGCGUGCAUUAGGAGAUGACGAAAACUUGGCAAACAGGCGUCAGUCAGAACUUGAAUGCUUACUGACUGCUAACUUAUCCUAGUCUUGGUUGUCUUGGUAACACGCGUUGCCCUAUGAUGUCUAAUAAAGGGCUUGAUAAAGCACCGACUUGAAUAUUGACCUGGAAAGGGCAGAUGGACUCGUUCGUCUACCGUAGAAUUAACAUUCUGCGUGCGUUUGUUCAAAGUUUCACCAACUGCUAUUCUUUAAGGGGUGUUCCAAGACUCUCCCGAUUCUGUUAUCCCUUAAAAGUCGUCAGAAGGGAUGUGCUUGAUGGCGGUGACUUUUAAGAGGACUGCAAUAAAACUCAGAAAUACUGAAAA